AUGUCGGACGUGCUGGCUGCUGCCGCCGGCUCCCGCUUCGAGCCCCCGGCCACUGGGACGCCGGGCGGCCGCGGCGGCCCCGGACCCCGGCACCCCUCAGAAAAUGACAACUCAGCCCAAAAGACAGAGCCUGAAGAUCAGCUGGUUGAUUCUUUGGAGUCCAGCACUUCUCAGAACAGAUCACAGAUUGGGUCGCUCCUGAAUGCUGGCAGGACGGAGGAUUUGAAGCAAGAAGCUGGCAAUUUGAAGGACCAGGAAGUUUCUGAAGUAAAAGAGAAGCUGCCUGACCAAAUCCAGUCCCUCGAAGAGAAAGCUGUUAGGGUAGACGACUACCACGUUCCUCAAGGAGCAGGGGAUAUAGUCAUGAUUCAGUCAGAUCACACUGGUGCUGUGGAUAUCCUUUCAGCUGAGCUGGAGACUGCAGACCUCCUUGGGGAGCAGAGGAAAGCUCAGCCUCCCCCUCUGGCUCCACCCACCAUGUGGACCACUGAGAAGAUGAAGGAAUUCAAAGCCAAGAUGGGAAGGGAGAAGAAUGGCCAGAUGGUGGUGAAGCGAGGCGAGGUGGUGACAGUCCGUGUGCCAACUCAUCCUGAUGGAAAAUGCAUUUGCUGGGAGUUUGCUACAGAUGAUUAUGACAUUGGGUUUGGAGUCUAUUUUGACUGGACCACAGUGACUAGCACUGCCAUUACUGUUCAGGUCAGUGAAUCCAGUGAUGAGGAGGAUGAAGAGGAGGAGGAUGAAAUUGAAGGACUCGCCCCUGUUGGUGAUGUGGAGAGAGGGUCCAAGAGCUACCUGCGGAACCGCUACGGGGAGAUCAUGCCUGUGUACCGGAGGAACAGCCAUCGGGAGGUGCAGGCAGGCAGCCACGAGUACCCAGGCGAGGGCAUCUACCUGCUGAAGUUUGAUAACUCAUACUCUCUCCUCCGCAAUAAGACUCUGUUCUUUCGUGUCUAUUACACUAGCUGA